AUGAUUCAAGACCUUCAAAGCAAAGACACAGGCAGUAUGGAAGUGCAGACCACCUCUCUGGUUCAGGUAUAUGUCAACGGUACGGAGCAACUAAACACCUCAUACGACUACAACGUCACGGACGCGUCUGAGAACCCAGACACCUAUCAGUUCUAUACCAUCGGCCUCUUCCUCUCCUGCCUCUACACCAUCCUCCUCUUUCCCAUCGGCUUCAUUGGGAAUAUACUCAUCCUGGUGGUCAACCUCAACCACAGGGAGAAGAUGACCAUCCCGGACCUCUACUUUGUCAACCUGGCGGUCGCAGACCUCAUCCUGGUGGCAGACUCCCUCAUCGAGGUCUUCAACCUCAAUGAGAAGUACUAUGAGUACGCUGUUCUGUGUACCUUCAUGUCCUUAUUCCUGCAGGUCAACAUGUACAGCAGCAUCUUUUUCCUGACAUGGAUGAGCUUUGACCGCUACGUGGCUCUGGCCAGCUCCAUGAGCAGUAGUCCUCUGAGGACCAUGCAGCACGCCAAGCUCAGCUGCAGCCUUAUCUGGAUGGCCUCCAUCUUGGCUACGCUGCUCCCCUUCACCAUCGUCCAGACCCAGCACCGCGGCGAGGUGCACUUCUGCUUCGCCAACGUCUUUGAGAUCCAGUGGUUAGAGGUGACCAUCGGCUUCCUGGUGCCCUUCUCCGUCAUUGGCCUGUGCUACUCGCUGAUCGUGCGUAUCUUGAUGCGGGCGCAGAAGCACCGGGGCCUGUGGCCUCGCAGACAGAAGGCCCUGAGGAUGAUCGGGGUGGUGGUGCUGGUGUUCUUCAUCUGCUGGCUGCCUGAGAACAUCUUCAUCAGCAUCCAGCUGCUGCAUGGCACGGACGACCCGGCCCAGCGCAGCACCUUCAGCGGCCACCUGUGGCACGACUACCCGCUGACGGGUCACAUCGUCAACCUGGCCGCCUUCUCCAACAGCUGCCUCAACCCCAUUAUCUACAGCUUCCUGGGGGAGACCUUCAGGGACAAGCUAAGACUCUUCAUCAAGCAGAAGGCCAGCUGGUCCGUGCUCUACCGCUUCUGCCACCACACCCUAGAUUUACACAUACCUGUGAGGAGUGAGGUGUCAGAGGUGUGAUGCUGCAGGAUCAGCAACAUCUUUGUAUGAAAGGUUUGGAUGUAACAGAACUCCAGGGGG